AUGUCAAAUGAAGUAACUGAUGAAAGGGCUUACUCAUUUGAAGAGAAAAAAGAAGCAUACGAUGUCCAAACUGUUAAUAGUGAAGAAUCUGCUAAUGAACUUACCCCAGAGUUUAAGGCUGCAGAAAAAUCUUUGAUCUGGAAGCUCGAUUUCUAUUAUGUUAUGCCCUGCAUUGCUGUUCUCAAUUUUUUGCAGUUUUUUGAUAAGUCGACCUUAAAUUACUCUGCUGUGCUUGGUAUUAAAGAAGAUGCUCAUUUAACUGACAGUCAGUUCAGUUGGUUAGGUUCCAUCUUCUAUCUUGGUUAUUUACUUUAUCAGGUCCCUAACACAUACUUCAUUCAAAGACUUCCUAUUGGAAGAUACAUUGGUGUGCUUAUUGUCGUUUGGGGUUUGGUGCUUACUGUCACAUGUUUGGGAAAAAACUUUUCCCAAUUGGCCGCUCUCCGUUUCUUACUUGGUUUCUUUGAAGCCGGUAUCUACCCCUGUUGUAUGAUGAUCAUUAGUUCUAUGUACCGUCGUGACGAACAAGCCGGUCGUAUUGGUUGUGUGUAUAUCUGCAACGGUAUUGCUAUGGCAAUUGGUGGUCUUAUUGGCUAUGGUAUUGGCCAUAUGAUGGGUGUUAGAGGCAUGAAUGGUUGGCAAUGGAUUAUGAUCAUUCUUGGAUCAGUGACAAUGGCUUUCGGUAUUGGCUGCUUCUUUUUAUUAGCAGACAACCCCAAGUCUAAGCUCCUUCAUUUGACUGAGGACGAAAGAAAGCUCGUUGCUCUUCGUACUAUUGAUAAUUCAACCAUUGUUACCAAGGAAAUCAAAUACCACCAUAUGAUUGAAGCUCUUAAAGAGCCUCGUUUUUAUUGUUUUAUUUUUGCCUCUCUUCUUUAUAAUCUUCAAAACGGUGCCCUAGGUAUUUUCAGUUCUGUUAUUACUGCUGGUUUUGGAUUUUCCAGCCUUAAUGCUAUUUUACUUACUGUACCUGCUGGUGUCGUCGAUUGUCUCUACAUUGGUUUUGCUGUUUGGUAUAACGGUCGAUAUGGAAACUCUCUUCACCUUGCUUCUAUUUUACUUGUCAUUGCUAUUAUUGGUCUUUUGCUGCUUGUCGUAAUCCCUAUUCCUCAAGUUAAACUCUUAGGUCUUUAUAUGUGUUGGUCAUUUGCAGCUUCUUAUACCCUUUUCCUUACUGCUAUGACAAACAACGUCUCCGGAUAUACCAAAAAAAUUUUCUACAGCAGUGCAAUCAUGGUUUUUUACACCAUUGGUAACUUUGCUGGUCCUCAAAUGAUGGUAUCUUCCCAAAAGCCUUUGUAUCUUGGUGGUAUGAUUGGUUAUAUGGCUGCCGAUGUCAUUUGUAUUAUUCUUUUACAAUACGCUCGUUAUUCCAUGGCCAAAGUCAACAAGCAACGUUUAGAAAACCCAUCUACCGAAAAGAUUGACACUACGAAGGAUUUAACCGAUGUUGAAAACCCUCACUUCAUUUAUAGACUUUAAUAGUCCUCCUACCUUUUACUAUUACUAUUUAGACUAAUAAUAAUACCCAUAAUAAUAAUAAUAAAAAAAAAAAAAAGGGUGCUAAUAAUAAAUUGACUUUCUACCAUUACCGUAUAAGUGAAAACAUCAUUUCAAUUUUUCAGGGAUUCUCGUUUUUCCCCUGUUUCUCAAAUCCUAACGUUGAAGUGUCUGCAAAUUAAAGAUCCACGAAUCCAUGAUUUACACACGCUUUUAGUCGUAGUGAUUCAAAUUUAUGGG